AUGGCCUUAGCAUUACCUGGUGGUGGAAUAAUGGGAAGCAGCAAGAUGGGCGGAAGUGGCAUGAUGGGUGGCAGCAAGAUGGGCGGAGGUAGAAUGAUGGGAGGCAGCAAGAUGGGCGGAAGUGGCAUGAUGGGUGGCAGCAAGAUGGGCGGAGGUGGCAUGAUGGGAGGCAGCAAGAUGGGCGGAAGUGGAAUGAUGGGAGGCAACAUGAUGGGAGGCAGCAAGAUGGGCGGAGGUGGCAUGAUGGGAGGCAGCAAGAUGGGCGGAAGUGGAAUGAUGGGAGGCAGCAAGAUGGGCGGAGGUGGAAUGAUGGGAGGCAGCAAGAUGGGCGGAGGUGGCAUGAUGGGAGGCAGAAAGAUGGGCGGAAGUGGAAUGAUGGGAGGCAGCAAGAUGGGCAGAGGUGGAAUGAUGGCAGGACGAGGCAUGAAGCAAGGUGACUAUAUGGGACGUGGAAAAAUGGUGGGAAGUAAAAGUGGUUAA